GACUUAAACAGGCGUCGAACGUUUUACAUGUGUCGAAAUACGCGCCGAGUGAACAAUCCGUAAAUAGCUUGGUUUACAUGCGCGGCGGUGGAGAAUGAUUUUUGCUCAGUGAGGGUGCAGCUGGUAAAGUUAUAAUUUGGUGUUCUUUCGUUUCGUGAUCGAGGUGCUUCGUAAAGGGGAAUGGGUAAUCAACAAGCCGCCCCUAAGGAAGUUCCUGGUCCGCUGGGCACAGUUAUGGUCUUUACUAACUCAGAAAAGCAAGCUGCAAUUGAUGCGAAAGUGCAAUUUUCAUUGCACUGCGGAUUGUCUUACACCUUUCAGCUAGCAGCAGGUGCUAAAACAGGAUCAAAACCGGCGGAGUGUAUUCCAGGCAACUGCCCUGCGAAAAAUGGAAAAAAUGAAGAGAAUAAUAAUCAAGCGGCUACCUACAUUUCUGAAUGUCCCAUGAGACAAGGGGAAGCUGGCGAACCAAAAGAUUAUAUAAACCCCUUGAAUAUGAUGCCACAACCAAACCAACGACCACAGCCCGAUCAGCCAUUUUCACUGCCGACAGAUCGUGCCAAGAGCACAAUCCCGAAAGCUGACGGAAAAGAUGGAGAAACCUGGGAGUAUCCCUCGCCGCAGAUGUUUUGGAACGCUAUGAUUCGCAAGGGAUGGCGCUGGCAAGAGGCUAGCCUAGAACCGAAAGAUAUGAUGGAUAUAAUCAGGAUUCACAAUGCCAACAACGAACAGGCUUGGCGAGAAGUACUGAAGUGGGAGGCUCUACAUUACAGCGAGUGCCGCUGUCCAAAGUUGCGCAAGUUUGGAGGAAAAGCUACAGACUAUUCACCUCGAGCAAGUAUGCGAUACUGGCUUGGCUACGACCUGCCGUUCGACCGGCAUGAUUGGAUCGUGGAUAGGUGCGGGAAGGACGUCAGGUACGUUAUUGACUAUUACGAUGGUGGACCAGUUAAUCCGCAGAACAGCGAAUUCACACUUCUUGACGUUCGGCCAGCGAUGGAUUCAUUUGAAAAUAUAUGGGACCGUAUGAGAGUUGCUUACUGGCGUUGGAAGCUUGAGUGGUUCAACAUCGCCCCUAAACCACAUAAGCUAGCAGAACCUCCUCAGGUAUCAGAUGCCGCCACCAGUUCAUCGUAGGCAGAUAUCGUGACUCGCGUUAGAUAAAAAGGAAAAUAGACGCAUAACGGUCUCGCCCGCAAUGGUUCAGCAAUAUGGAGUUGAAUACUGACCUUAACAGUGGCUACGAGCUGUGGGACAAGAUUAGACAAUGUAUAGCAAUUCGAUUGUUUGUUUGAGAAAAUGGAAUUUAGCUGUAGUUUUUACAUUGUAUCUUAUAUAAGUGAACUCAAAUAAGGAAUAUAAACCAA